AUGAAUUGGGAAAUACCGCUCUUCAUAUUGCCGCAGAAUGCAAUAGUAAAGAAACAGCCGAACUUCUUAUUUCACAUGGUGCAAAUAUCAAUGAAAAGGAUGAAUUUGGAAAUACCGCUCUUCAUAUUGCCGCAGAAUGCAAUAGUAAAGAAACAGCCGAACUUCUUAUUUCACAUGGUGCAAAUAUCAAUGAAAAGGAUGAAUUUCGGAAGAACCGCUCUUCAUAUUGCCGCAGAACACAAUAGAAAAGAAACAGCCGAACUUCUUAUUUCACAUGGUGCAAAUGUCAAUGAAAAAGAUAAUUUCGGAAGAACCGCUCUUCAUAUUGCCGCAGAACACAAUAGUAAAGAAACAGCCAAACUUCUUAUUUCACAUGGUGCAAAUGUCAAUGAAAAGGAUGAAUUGGGAAAUACCGCUCUUCAUAUUGCCGCAGAAUGCAAUAGUAAAGAAACAGCCGAACUUCUUAUUUCACAUGGUGCAAAUGUCAAUGAAAAAGAUAAUUUCGGAAGAACCGCUCUUCAUAUUGCCGCAGAAUGCAAUAGUAAAGAAACAGCCAAACUUCUUAUUUCACAUGGUGCAAAUGUCAAUGAAAAGGAUGAAUUGGGAAAUACCGCUCUUCAUAUUGCCGCAGAAUGCAAUAGUAAAGAAACAGCCGAACUUCUUAUUUCACAUGGUGCAAAUGUCAAUGAAAAAGAUAAUUUCGGAAGAACCGCUCUUCAUAUUGCCGCAGAAUGCAAUAGUAAAGAAACAGCCAAACUUCUUAUUUCACAUGGUGCAAAUGUCAAUGAAAAGGAUGAAUUGGGAAAUACCGCUCUUCAUAUUGCCGCAGAAUGCAAUAGUAAAGAAACAGCCAAACUUCUUAUUUCACAUGGUGCAAAUGUCAAUGAAAAGGAUGAAUUGGGAAAUACCGCUCUUCAUAUUGCCGCAGAAUGCAAUAGUAAAGAAACAGCCGAACUUCUUAUUUCACAUGGUGCAAAUGUCAAUGAAAAAGAUAAUUUCGGAAGAACCGCUCUUCAUAUUGCCGCAGAAUGCAAUAGUAAAGAAACAGCCGAACUUCUUAUUUCACAUGGUGCAAAUGUCAAUGAAAAAGAUAAUUUCGGAAGAACCGCUCUUCAUUAUGCAGUUAAAAAUAAGAGUAAAGAAAUAGUCGAACUUCUAAUUUCACAUGGUGCAAAUAUCAAUGAAAAGGAUGAAUUGGGAAAUACCGCUCUUCGUAAGGCAGCUAUUUUCAAUAGUAAAAAAACAGCGGAACUUCUUAUUUCACAUGGUGCAAAUAUCAAUGAAAAAGAUGAAUAUGGAAAUACUUGCUGA